AAAACAACAUGGCGGCGUUGUGACAGAUAUUGAAUUUCGAAACUGUAAAUGGAUAAAGAUAGAAAAUGCUAGUGGAUUCAUCCGUCUUUUGGGUUACAAACUUACCUUGUGAUGGUUAGCAUGUUUCUUACCUCUCAGAAAGCUAUAAUGAGCGGUAAGUUGAAUUAUUAACCAUCGCCUUCUCUGUGUUCCGGAAUAAUGCAUUGUCACGUCACAAGCUUGAGCUCAGAAUUCUUCUUUGUUGGUAACUUUUCUCGAUCUCUUUCGUAAAGGCCAGCUUCAAAAUGCAGAGAGUGAACGCCAACAUCUUCUAGAAAGAUUACUUGAUGCUGUUAAGCAGGUACUAAAACAAUUCCCAACGUUGUCAGUUAAAUAUAACGAAAUGCAUGGCGACGUACUGUGAGCUGAAUCCUUAAUAUUUCUCUUUCUUCUGGCCUCAAAUGUUAGUCCUAAACGUUUAGAGGGCAUGUUUUCAUGAGAUGUUAAGGCAAGAUUUCCGUAUAAUCAUAGAACAAAACAGGAGUCAAAGAAAGCAAUGACCUCCUACUGACCCCUAACGCCUGUUGAUUCCCCUAAUUAAAAAUAAAUUCAUCUUAAAAAAAAAAGAACACUCAAAGUGGACUGUUAAGCCUUUUUUGUUGAAAAAGUAAUAUCUGGCUCAAAGCCUUGAGAAAUUGUGUGGUUUGCAUUUCAAUAUUGACAUGUAUAUGGUCUUGGUCCUGGCUGGCCUGGAGUCUCUUAGUGGCAGGAGAGUAGGAGCUUGUAAGUGGUUUAUGGCUACUGCACGCCAAAUGUCCCCCCCCUUAAGAACAUCAUCCCCUCUCCUGCUGCUAUUGAGUCUCAUUACAGUAUAAGGGUCCAACUUUCAAGACGUCAACAUGGUCAUACCAAAAGAAUUAAUGACUUUGUAACUUAUAAAGUUCAGUGAAUGUAUGUAAAUGGUUAAUUGUAUGUGACAAUGACCUUCCCAACAAUAAUAUUCAGUUAUUGCUGCAAGUGGGUGAAAUAAGCAGAAUAUCUAUCAGGGUUUGCAAAUUUUAUUGAUGAGUGGAGUCGGUGUGACUUCUGCUUUACAAAUUUUGGAGUCAUUUUGUAAUAUUUGGAGUCAGGUAUCACAACGAAAAAAGCCAUUUUCAGACUUUCCGGCACGUGGUCCUGGCAUGUAUACACUAUCGUGAGGGAUACACGAACUAGCUGUGAUGGUCCGCUGUCCUGGAAAGCUCAAAUCCAUGAUGGCGGUCAUGAAACUUUUCGUAAUUUACCCUCUUCCUGUUUGUCGUGCAGUAUAAUUCUUUAAUUUCGAUGAUUUAAUUAAAACGUUCACAAUUCGUAAAUUGUAUUUGUUGCGAAAAAGGUAAGGACAAAAUGGUUUGUUACGAAAAUUGUAUGACAAGUGGCUCCCUGUUUGUUACCUCCCUCCAACAAUAAUAUUGGAGUCAUUGAACAAUUGCAAGUGGGUGAAAUAAGCAGAAUAUCUAUCUAUCUAUCUAUGUAUCCCCUUGAGUAUGUAAUCUAUUUAUCUGAGUACUUGGUUUCUUUCCAAAAAUGGGCAAUGUUACGAUUGUAAGUGGCUAAAUUAUUGACCAAUCAGAGUUCUCAACGAUUGAUCACUUGGAUAAGCCAGUUUACAUUAAAUUGAGUUGUAUAGCCAUAAAGUAUAAAUCUAGGAUAGGAAACACAAAGGAGCUGCUGAAUAUUGGGUGCAUUCCAUUGGGAUGAUCCGGAUCAGGAUCAGUGAUGUGAGAUCACUCAGAUCAUAGCGCAUCAAAGGAAGUGACGAGUCCACGCUAAGAAAGGAUUCAUAUGUUAAUUUCAUGUACCAUGAAUCAAGAUCACUUGGAUCACUGAUCUAAUCCAUAUCAUCCCAAAGGAAAUCACCUAUAGUGUUAACAUAUGUAGAAAAGAGUAACAAGUACGCUUUCCUUUUGUCAGAACUGACCAACCAGACCAUUGCCGUUGUAAUGAGAAUUUCACUGUUAAUCAGAACUCUCCAGCCAGAUCAGACAAAUCCUAAAUAGUAUGCAUGAAGGAGAUGGUUUUUCAACAAAAACCCUUUGGAAAAAGCCGAUUUCCUUUGCUAACUGACUGGUCCGGCAGGCCAGAUCUGACAAAUGGAAAGCGCCUUAGAGUCCCAGAUAUGUACUGAGUGAAUCCCAAUCCCACAACACCUCUCCGUUCCAACCCCACCCAGCUUUAUUGGCUUUAUUUAGUAAAACAGCUUUUUCGAUAAAUUUCAGUGUCAGGUGAGAUUUGGAGGUAAAACUGAACUUGCAACUGAUGGAGACAGCAGGUAUUGAGUAUGUUUUAAUGAUUUUUCCACCUCAAAAUUGACUAAAAUUUAGACUACUAAAAAUAAAGAUUUAGGUUAUAUGCUCUCCCAGGUUUAAUGUUGUGCUGUUUAGAAAUUAUUGCAAUAAAAAUGGUGGAACACAGAUCUAAAAGGGGUUGGCCCCAGUGUAGGUCAUCAGUGACCUUGAAUGGCAAAGAAAAACAUCCUUUG